AUGGCCAACAACACGAUCACCACUAGCCUGCAAGAAAAAGCCAGGACGUCAGAAGAAUGGCAUCCUUCACAUUGUCACAGUAGCUUCAGAGUCACAACCUACCGUCGCCCAGCCUCUCGAUGUCCCCGAAGGCAUAAAUAUACACACCUCAACCACUCACUCCAACAAGCCCGUAUCAGGCUCAGCGGCUGGCAAACGCAAACUUUCUGUAUCCGGCCCCUCCGUCAUGACCGGUCCGACAAAAUUAAACAGGAGUCGGGUCCAAAAGCCGAAGGGACAGAGAAUACCUUGGGCAAUGAUUCCAACACUACUCCAGUUAUACCUUGGGCGAUGAUUCCAACACUACUCCAGUUACUAAUGACGAGGCUGAUGCAAAUGACGAGGCUGAUGCAGAUGAUGAAGAGGGGGAGAACCAAAGGCAAAGGCGAAGAGGACAAGAGUCUUCCGGCCCCUGCAGCUCAAGCCGAAUAUCUUAUGAUCGCAAUACAUGUCGCAUGGCCCAAGAAAUUGGAUGCUGCCAGUGGCGAGAGCGACUUACAAUCUUUGGCAGCUGCUCCUAGACACAGCGAAGCUGUCAAGCGGCAAGCUGGGUUUCAUCACCUUCAAAUCGGCACCUUCCACUCCAAAUCAGCCAUCUCGCUCAACAACCAACAACCAGCCAUCUACCGUAGCACCGACUGGAUCACACUCAACCCCAGGCUCUUGAAUCUCAUUUACCCCACAGCGCGCCCGGGGUCCUCAAAGUCAAAUGGCAGCUGCUAUCAGCUGCAGAUACCCAUCUUACAUCGUCUCCUUUCAAGCCGUCUGGCUCUGACCCACGAAUGGUGUGCUCAAGAUGCAGAGACUUGGCGGCCCCCGAAGCCCCACCCCCCCUCAUACUCCACAGUCUUCCGGUUACGUCUCACUCAACAGUCUUCCGGUUACGUCUCUGAACCCGAAAACUGUGAUCAAGAUCGACGAGUACCGUCUGCUCUGAGCUGCCCGAGUCCAUCGACCUCGACGAAACCCCUCAAGCGUUGGUUGGCCAUCCCAGCCCUGAGCAUCAACCACAUCUCUCUGAAUUUUGGCAAGGACGAUGAAGACGAUGCCGUUGACCGAUCUUAUGGCUCGGAAGAACCGCUCCCGCCUGUAGUAUCUGGCAUCGAUACCUCAUACACUGCGAACACCAGACUUGUUAAUGCCCAAGCAGGUCAGCCUCGGUUGACAGCCUCUCUUGUGCAUGGCCAAGACCGAAAUUGCCCACCUGGAAAAUCCGGCCCUUCCGAGGAGACUUUUGUAGAAGCGGCCAACAAGGAACGAGCCCGUAAGAAGGUCGCACUCGAAGCUGCCUCAACUGGUCAUUCUGGCACCCUUGAAUCCUCUUCUCAAAGAUCUCCCUGCCAGCAUCACCACCACCACCACCACCAAUAA